CAGCUCGGUGUCCGACAUAUGUUUGAAAGAUGACUGGUGUUGGUGUCACUGAUGCCUUAUUUUGAAGUUUGACUUUAGUUUUAUAGUGUAUAUAUGUUUUGUGGCUUUAAAUAAACAAUAUUGUGUACGAAGCAGAGGUAAACAAGUAAAAUAAAGUUUUAAAAUGCCCAAACCUAACACCAAUAACUUGUUAGAAAAAUGUCGUGUAUGCCUUACAAAAGGGGAAGUUAUGUUUCCACUUUUUCUAAUAUCACAUAAAGAUAAAUCCAUUGCAGACUUGAUUUAUCAUCUAGCCUGCAUAGAGAUAACCUGGAGUGCUGAUCUACCAGAAAACGUUUGUGAAAAAUGUAAAACAACUGUAAUAGAAUUUGAUACGCUGAUAUUGAGUCUCAGAAGAAACACAGAUUAUCUACAACAUAUCUUGAACAGGUGUAAAGCAACAUCCACAAGUGCUAGCCAGGAAGAUAUGCUUUUGAGGAAAGAGCCUGCAUCUGAAGAUAUUUCAGUUAAUACUGUAAAACCUAAAAAACAUACUACCUCAGUUGUAGAGUGUGGGGAAUAUCAUGAACCUUGGACUAAAAAUGUUAUUAUAGAACAGAACCAAUAUCAAGAUAAUGAUGUAUAUUCUAGUGAUGAACCUGACUGUGAUUAUGAAGAUAGUAUAGGUUUCCCAGAGGAUUCUAAAAGCAAUAAUUUAAAGAAGUAUAAGUGUAAAUAUUGUGAAGAUUCCUAUGAUGAUAAGGCAUCCCUCAAAAACCAUACUGAGAUCCACAGAACAUUUGUUUGUGAUCAAUGUGGAAAAUCCUUUUUCAGGAAAGAUUAUCUUCUUGACCACAAGUUUACACAUACAUCCGAAAAACGAUUUUCCUGUAAGAAGUGUGGAAAGCAGUUCAAGUAUAGGAGUGGCCUACGAGUGCAUGAAACAGUCCAUGUAAACUAUAGAGGAUUUGUUUGUGAUGUUUGUGCUGCAAGUUUUAACACAAAGACUACCCUCAAUACCCAUAUCCUUCUCAAACACAAAAAUGAAAAGAAAUUUGAAUGUGCAGAGUGUCACUUAUCUUUUAAGUUGAAUUCAUGGUUAAGGAAACAUUUUAUGAGGAAACAUAGUGGCAGUAGGACCAAAGACUUUGUAUGUUCAUUUUGUGGAGUGUCGUACUUGAACAAGACUACUUUGACAAGGCAUGUUGAGGAAAAACAUAGUGGGCCACAGAGAAGAUACCCUUGUACUGCAUGUGAUAAAACCUAUGCAUCAACUACGAAGUUGAAUCUUCAUAUGAAGAAAAUUCAUUUUAUUGAACAGUAACAUUAAAUGAAGAAAAUGGGUUAGUUGUGGAGAUAGCAAACCAAUAGUUGCUUUGAAUACUCUACAUACGUAGUAACAAAAUGUUUACAAAAUCUUCAAAAAGUUCAACUAAGCAAGUAUGAAAAAGCAUUGUAGUUUUUGAAGUAGCGCCUUUACUUUAAAACUCAGAAUAUAGUGGAAUUUUUUUCGAUUCGCGUGCUGCUUCUGCUCUCUGUGUUCACUGGCGGGUGUACCGAUCUGGUUCACUUUUCUGCCCAUA